CAUAAAGAUGGUUUGAACAAUUCAGACACAAGGAACUUGAUAAUUGGCUUAGAAACUGAGGCAUGCAAAAUAAAUAAAUAAGGUGGAGUAUUGCAUGUGAGACUGUGUGGCCUCUCAUAUUGGUGGACAUCCAAUGGAAUCUGGGCAGGACUUGGGAGGUUUGAGAGGAAAGAGCAGACCCAACGAACUAGCAAGACGGGGAAGAAAUCAUUUGGUUCCAAGCUGUGGGCAGUGCAGUAAGAGAGAAUGGGUAAAAAAAUAAAAAAGGAAGUGGAACCUCCUCCCAAGGAUGUGUUCGAUCCUUUAUCAGUUGAAAGCAAGAAAGCUGCAACAGUGGUACUCAUGCUUAGUUCUCCUGAAGAGGAAGUUUUGUCUAAAGCAUGUGAAGCUCUUUAUAAAUUUGCAGCAAAAGGUGAAGAAAAUAAGCUGACACUUCUUGAGCUAGGAGCAUUGGAACCUAUGUUUAAAUUAGUUACACAUGAAGAUCCAGUUGUCCGCAGAAAUGCAACCAUGGUCGUGGGGAUCAUGGCUUCUCACAAUGAUGUGAAGAAAUCAUUAAGGCAGCUGGAUGUCACAAGUGCAUUCAUAGCUCGUCUGGCACCAGAAGAAGAUGUAGUGAUCCAUGAAUUUGCCAGCCUUUGUCUGGUCCAUAUGGCAGUUGAAUAUAACAGUAAAGUUCAAAUAUUUGAGCAAGGUGGAUUAGAGCCUCUUAUCAGACUGCUGGGAAGCCCUGACCCUGAUGUGAAGAAGAACUGUGUUGAAUGCAUCUAUAAUUUGGUACAGGAUUUCCAGAGUCGUGCUGCAAUUCGUGAACUAAACGUGAUUCCUCCAUUGCUGGAACUUUUAAAGUCUGAUUAUCCAAUUAUUCAAUUAUUGGCUCUCAAAACAUUAGGUAUCAUUACCAUUGACAAAGAAACCAGAAUGAUGCUAAGAGAAAAUCAAGGACUAGAUCAUCUUUUCAAGAUACUAGAAACUAAGGAUUUCAAUGAUCUUCAUGUAGAAGCUCUUGGAGUGGUGGCAAAUUGUCUAGAGGAUGUGGAUACUAUGCAACUGAUUCAAGAAACAGGGUGUCUCAGAAAACUACUUGCAUUCACCGAAGUGUCCACUCUUCCUGAAUUUCAAAGAAAUGCAGCAAAGGCCAUUACUAAAGCUGCUUAUGAUCCUGAAAACAGGAAAAUCUUGAAUGAACAAGAAGUUGAAAAAUGUCUUGUCACCCUUUUGGGAACAGAUAAUGAUGGAACUAAAAUCGCUGCUUCUCAAGCCAUCUCAGCUAUGUGUGAGAAUUUAGCUAGCAAACAAACCAUUGGAAAUCUAGGAAUUCCCCAGCUAGUUCAGUUGCUAAGCAGCGACAAUGAAGAGGUAAAAGAAGCUGCUGCUACAGCUCUAGUUAAUCUGACAACAUCCCAUCUUGGCAAUGCAAGUGCUGUUGCUGAUGCUGAUGGCAUUGAACCUCUAAUUAACAUUCUGAGCUCAAGAAGAGAUGGGGCUGUCGCUAGCGCUGCUACGGUUCUCACAAACCUGGCCAUACAAGAGCCACUGCGUCUCAACAUCCAGAGCCAUGGUAUAAUGAGUGCACUUGUUGAACCGCUAAAUUCCAACAACAGCACUGUGCAGAGUAGAGCAGCUCUUGUUGUUGCAGCUGUCUGUUGUGAUGCUGAGGCCAGAGCUGAGUUAAGGAACUCUGGUGGUCUUGAUCCGCUUGUUAAACUUCUACAUUCUAAGCAUGAUGAAGUCCGAAGAAAUGCCUGUUGGGCUGUUAUGGUGUGUGCCAGUGAUGAACUAACAGCAGCUGAAAUGACCAGGCUGGGUGCCUUAGACAUUCUUGAAGAAAUUAACCUGUCCAUAGGGCGGAAAAAUAACUUCAGUGAAGCAGCUUUGGACAAAAUACUUGAUCACAAUCUUUCCCAGAAAUAUAGUCAAAUGGGCUAUUUAUCAUGCAAUAACAUCAUUUCAGAUGGAUUCUAUGAUUAUGGACAGGUAAAACCUGGUGUGAAACUGUUGUCAUUGGAGGAACUCAGUGGUCAAGAGCUUAAUGAUCACCGUGCUAUAAUCUUAGUAAACGCUAAAUUACCAGAACCUGAACCCACCACUCCUUUUCCUACAGAAGAAAGGGCAGUGCAAGAGAUAGUUACCACCCGGAAUUUGUCUUCUGUUAGUACGAUCAGAAAAACAAGUAAAGAAAAAAACAGUGCAGUGGAGGAUAAGCCAGAAUCUCCAGGACGGAAUGCUUCAAUCAGCAAAGGAAGCACUAGAGAGAAAGGAUCAAGAAAAGGGAAAUGGAAAAAGGAAGAAGAAAAACCCAAAGAAGAGGAAAUUGAGACAACUAUGCCUAAAAUAAUGGAAGACGUUCCUGAAAAGAUUAUAUGGCUUCCUCCUGUUGACACCAUCUUGCAGGAGUACAUCAAUGAGAUUUCCAAAACAAUUCUUCCACUAGCAACCACCAAAGAACAGGUUAUACAGCUUGCACAGUUUGUUGCAGACAAAAUGGGUGGUCCCAUUGAACGAGAUAAGCUGCAUGAAUUUAGCUGGGAACUUCAUAUAAGUGAAAUUGAAUAUGAACUUAAAUGCAAUGUUGUGCCUAUUGGGAAGAUCAACAAAGGGACCUUCUACCACAGAGCUUUGCUUUUCAAGGUUCUGGCAGACAGAAUUGGCAUUGGUUGCAGCUUAGUCCGUGGCGAGUACAAUAGAGGAUGGAAUGAGGUGAAAUUAGUUGAUGACUCUCCUUUGGGAAUACCUGGACUUCUGCUUCCUCCUCAAGUAUUUAUUGUAGAUCUCAUGUACCAACCAGGCUACCUGAUGAAAGAUGGAAGUCCAGAAGCAAAUCACUAUCGCCGCAUUUAAUUAUCUUUCCAGAAUUCUUCACAACCAGAAAGCAACUUCUUAGUUAGAUUUUUACAUUUGCACAGAGUAGUUUCUUGGGUUUAUUUUCAAAGCUGACCUGGGUGCCAAGCACAGCACCUUUAUGUGCACUGACUAAUCUGAAAGGAGCUAUGGAACUGUCAUUCUUUCACUGAAAGUUUUGAAAACUUAAUGUCUUCACUCUCAGAAAACACUUCAGGCAUUGUAUAGAAUUUAAGGACAAGCCUUGGUCAUAUCUUUGAUGCAUUACCCAGAAUAA